GGCUCGCGGCGGCUGUGCCGGGCUGGCGCGACGAGUUCCCCAGUGUCACCCCUGGGCGAACUCUCGAGCCUGCCCCCUCGCCCUCGCGCGGUGGUUUGGAUACCGGUGCUCCGGCAGGGAGCGCCCCAGGGACGACCCGAGGCCACCUUGUGCGUGCAGCCCCUGCCUCGUCAGCACCUGCAAGGCCUCGGCCUCUCCGCGCAGCCCGCCGGAGGGGCGCGGCCGCCGCUGUCAUCCCCGCCAGUUUCCGUUCCGGGCCGGCCCGGCGGCGGCUCCCGCCCCUGCUCGUCUCUCCGCUGCGGGCGCCGCGCGCUCCGGAGCCUCGGCCUGGGCGUCCCGGCCGGUCGCUCUGGCUCCGCGCGGCUGCGAGAUCUGCAAACACGCGCGCGGCCACAUUCCAGGGAGAAAUUGGAAAUUGAAGAUUUAAGGAGAGAACAUUGUUUUCAAAGAGUCUGACUGAUUUCAGAGAACGAUGCCAGAAACUUAAAAAGGUUAUAAAAGGAAAGUGAUUGUGUGGGGUCUUGCUGAGAAUCUCUAUAAAGCUUGCAGUGUUCAGCAACCUGAUGGGCAGAAAGAGAAAAAUGGAAGUGUGUCAAAGACCAGGACUCAUGUGUGACUCGGUGGAAAAAAAUUUGAGAACCACUGGACAUGUUAACAGACGUGGGCUUUUGACACAUACAUUAAUGAUGUGGAUAAGUAUUUAGAGGAGCUGCCCUGAGAGGCAGGGGCCCUGGAUCCUGAUUGCCCUUCCGCCAGGAAGACACAUGCAGCCAAAGAUGCAUUUGGAAACAGCAGCUGCUUGCCCCUUUGAGCAUGGAAAAGCAGGGCCACAGUGAGAUGGAAAGCAUCCUACCGGAGUCUCAUUCCUACAUUAAAUUAUUGACAGUCAGCCGCGAACUCCUGGUCACGCACAUCCACAACACUCAGUGUCUGGUGGACAACCUGCAGGAGAAUGACUACUUCUCGGCCGAAGACGCGGAGAUCGUGGGUUCCUGCCCCACGCAGCCCGAUAAGGUCCGCAAGAUUCUGGACAUGGUCCAGAGCAAAGGCGAGGAGGUGUCCGAGUUCUUCCUGUAUGUGCUCCAGCAGCUCGCAGACGCCUACGUGGACCUCGGGCCAUGGCUGUUGCAGAUCGGCUUUUCCCCUUCCAAGCUCAUUCAGAGCAAAGCUGUCGUCAACACGGACCCAGUGAGCAGGUACACCGAGAAGCUGCGCCACCAACUGGGCCGCAACUCCAAGUUCAUCCUGUGCUACGCGCAGAAGGAGGAGCUGCUGCUGGAGGACACCUACACGGACACCAUCGUGGAGCUGGUGGGAUUUGACCAUGAGAGUCUGGGCAACCUGGACAGUCUGGCCUGCCUCCUGGACCACUCCACGGGCAUCCUCAACGAGCAGGGCGAGACCAUCUUCGUCUUCGGCGAUGCCGGUGUGGGCAAGUCCAUGCUGCUGCAGCGGCUGCAGAGCCUCUGGGCCGCGGGCCAGCUGGACGCGGGGCUCAAGUUCUUCUUCCACUUCCGCUGCCGCAUGUUCAGCUGCUUCAAGGCGAGCGACACGCUGAGUCUGCAGGACUUGCUCUUCAAGCAUUACUGCUACCCGGAGCAGGACCCCGAGGAGGUGUUCGCUUUCCUGCUGCGCUUCCCCCACACGGCACUCUUUACCUUCGACGGCCUGGACGAGCUCCACUCAGACUUCGACCUGAGCUGCGUGCCCGACGCCUCCUCGCCUUGGGAACCCGCCCACCCCCUGGUCCUGCUGGCCAACCUGCUCAGCGGGACACUGCUCAAGGGGGCCGCCAAGCUGCUCACGGCCCGCACAGGCAUUGAGAUCCCACGCCAGCACCUUCGGAAGAAGGUCCUUCUGCGGGGCUUCUCCCCGAGCCACCUGCGGGCCUACACCAGGAGGAUGUUCCCCGACCGGGCGGUGCGGGACCGUCUGCUGGGCCAGCUGGAGGCCAACCCCAACCUCUGCAGCCUGUGUGCCGUGCCCCUCUUCUGCUGGAUUAUCUUCCGCUGCUUCCAGCAUUUCUACAGCGCCUUCGACAGCUCCCCGCAGCUGCCGGACUGCACGGUGACCCUGACCGAUGUCUUCCUGCUGGUCACUGAGGUCCACCUGAACAGGACGCAGCCCACCAGCCUGGUGCAGAGGAACACGCGGAGCCAGACGGAGACCUUCCAUGCGGGCCGGGGCACCCUGCACUCGCUGGGGCAGGUGGCCCACUGGGGCAUGGAGAAGAACCUGUUUGUCUUCAGCCAGGAGGAGGUGCAGGCCUCCGACGUGCAGGAGGGGGACCUGCAGCUGGGUUUCCUGAGGGCGAUGCCCGAGCUGGGCCUUGGCGGGGAUCAGCCGUCCUAUGAGUUUUUCCACAUCACCCUCCAGGCCUUCUUCACCGCCUUCUUCCUCGUGGUGGACGACAAGGUGAGCACUCCGGAGCUGCUCAGGUUCUUCCAGGAGUGGGUGCCUCCUGGGGAGGUAGCAGAGACUUCCUGCUCUCCCCGCCUCCUCCCUUUCCAGUGCCUGGGGGACAGCGGCCUAGCGAGGGAUGACCCCUUCAAGAAGAAGGAUCACUUGCAGUUCACCAACCUCUUCCUGUGCGGCCUGCUGUCCAAAGCCAAACAGAAGCUCCUGCGGCACCUGGUGCCGGCUGCCACCCUGCGGAGGAAGCGCAAAGCCCUGUGGGCACACCUGUUUGCCAGCCUGCGGGCCUACAUGAAGAACCUGCCCCGCGUUCGGACUGGGGGCUUCAACCAGGUGCAGGCCAUGCCCACCUUCAUCUGGAUGCUGCGCUGCAUCUACGAAACACAGAGCGAGAAGGUGGGGCAGCUGGCGGCCCGGGGCAUCUGCGCCAACUACCUCAAGCUGACCUACUGCAAUGCCUACUCCGCCGACUGCAGCGCGCUGUCCUUCGUGCUGCACCACUUCCGCAAGCGGCUCGCCCUGGAUUUGGACAACAACAACCUCAAUGACUAUGGUGUGCGCGAGCUGCAGCCUUGCUUCAGCCGGCUCACCGUCGUCAGACUCAGUGUAAACCAGAUCACCGACUGUGGGGUCAAGGUGCUAUAUGAAGAGCUGACCAAGUACAAAAUUUUGACGUAUUUAGGCUUAUACAACAACCAGAUCACUGACGUGGGAGCCAGGUACAUCGCCAGAAUCCUGGAUGAAUGCAAAAGCCUCACACACCUGAAACUGGGAAAAAACAAAAUAACGAGCGAAGGAGGAAAGUGUCUUGCCCUGGCUGUGAAGAACAGCAAAUCAAUCAUUGAAGUUGGGAUGUGGGGCAAUACCAUCGGUGACGAAGGAGCCAAGGCCUUCGCAGAGGCUCUGAGGAACCAUCCCAGCUUGACCAACCUGAGUCUUGCGUUCAACGGCAUCUCCACAGAAGGAGGAAAGAGCCUCGCGCAGGCGCUGCGGUGGAACGCGUCUCUGAAAAUAUUCUGGCUCACCAAAAACGAGCUCAACGAUGAAGUGGCAGAGAGCAUGGCAGAGAUGUUGGAAGUCAACCAGACGUUGAAACAUUUAUGGCUUAUCCAGAACCAGAUCACAGCCAAGGGGAUUGCCCAGCUGGCAGGCGCACUACGGAAGAACACCGGCAUAAUGGAGAUUUGCGUAAAUGGAAACUUGAUAAAGCCAGAGGAGGCCAAAGCCUUUGAAGAUGAGAAGCGGAUUAUCUGCUUCUGAGACGAGGCUUUCCUUCUCAUGGGCCUUGGCUCUGGGAGGCGCUCUGGCAGCAGACGCCACUCUGUGCAGUCUCCUCACCUUAGAUUUCCGAAAGGGCUGAGAUGGGACGGCCAGGUACCCAUGGCCUUCAUGAGGCACAUCGCUCUCCACGCGGACGCUCUGAUUGGCAAACUCCCUGCAUGGCUGUUACCAUUUUGCAGUGAAGAGUGUGCUCUGUUGAGUCAUUUCUGUGGCUGUAAAUAUACUAUGAAGAGGCAUUCAUGUAUAUCCAUGGUUAUUGUUAAUUAACCUGAAAUGAGAGGAAUAAGACUUUGAGCUCCUCUGAACGCCUGCCCGAGGAACCGGGGGAGUGAGGCGGUCACUGUGUCUUCACCGGACAGUUGAGGACGUGGUGCCAAGUUGGUGCCGAGUUUCUUGGAGAAAAGGUACUCAGUAAACAAGAAGUGUUUUAUCUGGAAUACUCUCUUCUUCCUCAGUGCUUCUCCAUGUGCUGAUAACGUUCUCACUGCCCAGCUGUAGAUACUGAGAUGUGUGCAGUGUGGGGAUUUGACUCACCCAGGGUUUUCUAGAAAGUCGAUGCCAAAAGAAGGAGUCGUCACAGGCUUUUGUUUUAGUCCUGAGGUCUCACUGUCUGCCGACAAAGGUCACUGGAUGCCCUCGUAGCCGGUUUAAGAGAAAGAACGAUGUCUUCGUAAUGCUGAGUUUCCUCUCAAGGCUUGACCUCUUCCGGAAGGCUAACACUAUGGCAAAGCUGGUCUGCCCAGGAAGAAGCGUCCCUGCCCGCCCUCCAGAAGGAAUAAGGCCUGGCUCACCUUUGUGGCCCUGGCAUCCACACCGAAGCUCGCUCUCUCACUCACUCUCUCUCUCCCCACACACCCCCACACACUCCCCAAACCUCCACCCCGAGAAAGGGAAGUCUCUUCCUUCCCCUGAGUAGUUCCGAGGGCAACUAAGUUGGAGCCAAGACUCAGGGAGCCACUGAGAACUGGCUAAGAGAGCGUGUUAGACACCUACCACCAUGGCGGGCACGUGGUGGAUGCUAGAUGGGGUUGGGGAUGGUGACAGUACCAGAUAACUUGUUUUUUUUUUUACCAAUUCAUUUGUUAAUAAAAUACUGAAAACACUAUUUCUAGUUGCCUGAAUCUGGGAGUUUUUAAAAGGGACUCAACCUGGUAAGCAUGCUAUUGAAUCCCAUGCUGAGUCCCAGAGGCACCCCACGCCCUGGGUGUGGCGCUGGGGUGAUGUGCUAUGAGGACAGCCUGACGACGGGAGGUCAGAGGCAUCAGCAGUCUGAUCCUUCGCAGGCCUCUCCACUUACCAAGGGACCAAAAACAGCCGAGGAAGCAACUGAGAGCACUUCAGCAGACCACUGAACCCAUGCAGGGGCCUUUUCAGAGGAAAUGACUUGAAUCAGGGGUGGCUGGGGCAUGGGCCAAAUUUCACGUGCCUCCCCACUGUGCCAUGAGAGGCCCUGGCAGGCCGGGCUCAGUGUCCACUACUGAGUGGGGGGUCCACGUGGGCCCCGUACCCACUGCGGCAAGAGGCACUGAGCUGGUAGUGGUCAAACAUGAGAGGGGGAGGUGUGGGGGCUUCCAGUGGUACCUUUGAGCUCUUAGGGUCCAGCCUGCUUUGUACAGCAGCCCCGUUAGGAAGGCUGCAGUUCAGGAAGCUAUCCGGAGAGUGAUGGGGGAAGUUCUGUAGUCAUUCAGCUGCAUGGCGGCCAUUCCCCUCAGGCCCUGCUUUUGGCGGUUCCUACCCAUCCCUCCCCUCACCCCAGAUCUGGGUAUUCACCUACCAGUCACCCACUGAGGCAGCAACUCUCUCCCUACCAGAGAACCUGGGCAGUAAAUAUGCCCAGAAAGUGCGAAGGAAACAAUAGGCAAACUGAAAGCCAGCGGUGCCUGGGGCAGACUUCAUUCGGACUUCCUGAGUGAAAGAACCGCAUAUCACAGCUGACAAAUUCAUAUUUGAUUAAACCGCCAACUCUAAACUUCUGAGAGUCUAAAAUUUACUCAGAAACUACCAAAUCUGACUGCUUUUAGAACUAUCAAAAUGUGUGUGAUGUUGCCUUAAAUUCUAUUUGGAACUACUUUGGUCUUCUAAUGGUGAAUGGUAGAUUUUCUAUUUCUCUUAUAAAAGUGAAAUCAGGCCCCUAAAUUUUCUGGAAAGCUUCUCCAUUGCCCAUAGGCGCACUUCUGUGCAGAUAUGUGGAGACUUUUCCUAGUCAAGAAAAAGACAAUUGAAAAAAGAAAAAUUCCACAAACUUGGGAUAUGACUAUUUCUUUCCAGAGGACGUCUUGGUUGAUUUUGAGAAAAAAACUACAACGACAGCUCCCUUAUUUCAGACUUGCAUUGAUGGCAUGUUUGUGCUGAUUUGGAACUUUAAAAAAAAGCCAUGUCAAGUCACUGCGGCUUUGGGCCAAGUCCUAAGACUGUGGAAAUCUCAAUUGCCUCUUUGAAAAAUGGGACUCUAUAAGUACUGACUCAAGGGACUAUAGUGAAGAUUCAAUGAGCUGAUGAAUGGAAAACAGCACAAGGUCACUGCUCAACGUAUGCUAGUUAUUAUUAAAGCAACGGUACUCAUUUCCACUCACAAUGGAACCCCCAAGUUGUUCUCCUCUCACUCUUAGGCUUAGGGAACUACACAACAAGGCCAAGCAAGGACAGGAGGUUCUCAGAGUCAAGUCCCAAAAUAUUCAACAUCAAGCUUCCUGCACUAUCCUAGCUUUGUCAGUGAAAAGCACAGCCGUUAGUCUCCAUCAUUCUUAGCCAAGAGCCGAACCAGCUAAGUGUCACUCACUGAACAGGGGAGGCGCCAGCACCACCACACAGAGCCAGGCUCAGAGCCUUUCCCAGGCCUCCUUUUCAGCUUCUGAACUGGGAAGUAGCACGUGGCUCCUGGAUAGUUUGGUCCACUUCCGGGCAUGGCACACACCUGUUUCCAGUACCUAAUUGCUCACUUACUAAGAACAACAGCAGCAACAGCAAAAACAACAACGACAGCAACACCCUUGCCCUGGAGCUGAAAGGCGAAACCAUGGCCACUACCUAGGGCUACAGAGAGGAAUUUUAACAAAAGUGGAAUUAGCUCUUGAGGCUCGGGUUAUCACACAGAUGGGCUCGCAGCAGAGCUGCACAAUCCUCUCAGCCUUAAAACUGAGUUAACUGCACCUAAGAUCAGCUUAAGACUUUUAGAGGCACUAAGCACUGAAAAGAUAAUGGGUCCCCAAUGAUCUGUUAUUCCCAGACCAAAAAAAAAUUUUUUUUAAAUUAAACAGUAGAAAAUUAUAAAAAGAAAAAUAAAUGCCAGGACGUUAAACAAGUUUCUGAUUUUUCCUAUGAUGAUUUAGGUGCUUUUUAAGGCAAAAAAACCCAAAUACCAAAAUAUCUCAAAAAAUUUUUCUUGGGCCG